UGGUGGCGACUCUUAGUUCUGAAGUGUGCAGUGCACUUCUUCAUGUGUCCUGACCAGCGUCACAGUUCAGGAGCCUCUCUUCUCCAUUUCCUUCGUGACACGUGUCUGAGCAAAAGCCAGUGACUGCCUCAAGAGGGUCUGAAGUCAUGGGUGUGAUGUGCUGCAUACUUCUCAGAUGUAUCAGCUUCCCCCUUUUGUAAAUCCUAAGGUGCAGAUCCUUUUAUAUUUCAGCAUGGCUUGCUUGUUCAGUGAAAGGGAUGCCUGCAGUUGUCUAGGUGGAUGAAACUGGUUUUGGGUGUUUCAGUACUGCCAGACAUGACAGAAAUUCUGAGCUUCUUUGUGUGAAAUGUGUCUCUUCCACGAGAGGAAAGUCCUUGACUGUACUUUCAAAACCUGGGUUAAGUAAUUGCUCUAUGACCACAUUAACAUUUUCUUUUCUUGCCACUGUUCCAAUCGUGGAAAGAUUUGCAAGCAAGAAAAAUGAAGAGUAAUAUAAGGGAGCAGAUAGUUUGGGGGUUUGGUUGUUUUGCUUCCUUAGUGCAUCUUAUCUGCAUCUGAUUUCUGGCAGCAUUUUAUGACCUUCAGUGGAUCUCAUGAGUGUUUUCCAUUCGAAGCUCCAAGCAGACUGAAACCAAGCAAGCCGGAGCACUGAAAGCUCUGAACUGCCCAAAAGGAAAAGCUUCUUGCAUCAGCUCUUCCUCUUUUCUCCUGUGUUAGUGAGAACAUUGAAGGCAAUUGUUUAAACCAGCCGAGCUUUACUGCAAAAGAAAAAAAGGAAAAAAACCACAAAACUGUCAACAUUUGGAGAUAAGUACAAAGAGGAAAGACCACUCCUAUUCCUCCUCAAGGCAAUCCCAAAUUUAUUGCUGGCCUUAUUUCAAUACAUUUUUAAAGCUUUUGAAGAUCAACUGCAUCUGAAAACAGAGCUGUAGUUUGGUUGUAGUGCACCUAGGAAGUGAGGAUUAGUCUUGUGUGUCAGGAUACAUGUGUUUAGACUAUCUGGAGAUUGAAUAUUCUCAAAGUGAAAACUGGGAGCCAUCUAGGCAUUAGCUGAAGAUGAAAAGGUUUUUAAGUCACAAAAAUCAUAAACAGAAGAAAUGCAAGUUGCAUUUCUUUAGUGCUGCAUAAAAGGAAAUUGCUAAACAUGUUCAUUUGGUAAGCAAAUGGGUUCAUGAACUGUAUUGUAUUGCCUUUUUUUUUUUGUAAAUUUCAUCAACUUCUGUACUAAGAUAGAUUGCUGGCACGUUACCUUCUGUAGCCAAAAAUCAAGAAGAAAGAGGUUUGUAGGAGUAGCAAUUUCAGCAGACUGCCUGGAAUCUCAAACUGCUUAUUAGGUUUCUUUGAAUUAUUGGGUGAUGUAUUUGGUAGCUGGUGCUUUGUAUCAAAAGUACAUAAUGUAAAUAAAUUCAAUUAGAAUAGUGCUCAUACACUUUCUGUCAGUCUUUUGACUGGAUUUUGCUAGCUUUGUAAAGCACAAAACUCCAGGCAUUGGCAAAAUUUCUUCUUGUGAACUCCUUUCCUGUAAAAAGCUGGUGCAAAGUAGUUCUGCUCUAUCAAAGGGAGGUGUGCAGCUUCUCCUGAAACCACACAGGUCUCUGUGCUACUUUGAGGAUGCGUGUUGGUGAUUUAGCUCUUCCUUCAUCACAGAUCAAGGGUCCCUCUUUCCUGGUGCCCUGGCUGCCACUGCAAAGCCUCCUUACAGAUCUUGCACUGGUAGAGGGAGGUGCCCCUGCCCUUCCCUGUUGAGAAAGGAUGCUCAGCAUCUGGGAGGUACAGGCACCAUGUUGGAAGCCUUGCUCUCCCCAAGAAAGCUGAGGCAAAUUGGAAAGAGCUAGAGAAGCAGGGUCCUGCAGUCCACACACUGUCUGCUUCCUAGGUCGUAGUACAGUGGCUUUUUAGAAGCAGUGAAAUUAGAUGGCCAUGUGCCCAGUGCAAGAAAUUAUUCACUCCACUGUAUUUAUUUUUAUAGUGAAAUUGCAUUUUCAUAUCUCCGUGAGAGAGACUGUAGCCGGAUACAAACCCAGUGAAGCAUUUCUUUUUGUGGACAUAGCGACUUUGGCACAGCUGUGAUGAAGCUCGCUGCUCUCUUCAUGAAAACACACUGAGCUGGGAAUGCUGCUGGUUUGCAUCCUCUCUGAGGAAAUUUGGCGAUGCAGUUGUGGUGGAUGGAGAUUGUAUUUUGUCACACUCCAGAUCGAUGCUGCUGUGCAGGAAAAGAUGCGCUGGACAGGCAUAGCUUUAGUAAAGUUUACGUGACUGUGAUUUCACAGUGAAACCUGGGAUUAAGAACUACCUAGAAAAUAAUUUAACUUCACUUUCUAGUGACUCAGGAAUGCAAACACUUUAAUUUUCAGGCCCAUUUCUUAAAGGGGUUUUACAUUUCGGUGCAUUGAAAUGAAUAUGCAUGUGAAAGCUUGAGAGCAUGAAGUCUGUGCUUGUGAAUUGGGCAGUUAGUGGUUUGGCCCACCUGCAUUUUGUGUUUACAUGCAAAGUAAUUUGCAUUAGCAGUAAAGCAUUCCAUGUGCAUAUAGCAUGUGUACACUAACAAAGUAGUUCUGAGAAAUAUAGGAGGCCAUGUAGUUAGGACGGGCUACUUAUUGGAGUCACUAAAUUGUGUCUUGUCUUAAAAACAGAAAAGGGGAAAAAAAUGGAAGUGAUAUGGUGGGGAUUAUGUGAUUGUUUUAGUUAGGAUCCAGUCCACUUAGAGUAAUGCAGUCUGCUCUUGAUCUCAGAGAAUUACUCAGGGCUCUGUUUCAACUGGUCUCCAAAAUGACUCAGUGUAAGAACCGAGGUCAUGUGGAUUUUUUUAAAAAGACUUAUUGGACUAAUUAGGCUAUGCUAUGUGGCUUAGUAGUAGUUAAGCAUGCCCAGUGUUACUGGUAAGAGUUCAACCUUAAGUUUUCUGCUGGAAGCAACUUCCCUUCAAAAUGCAGAGAUGAGCAGCAGUUGUGAUUAGAGAUUGUAUAAUACAAACCCCAAAGCAUUGUAGAAAUUAUGGGGAAAGGAAAGAGGCUGUAGAAACUGGAAGGGGAGUUAAUUAUAUGACAAAGGAUCCACUGAAAAAGCAGAUGGCUUAACAUUCAGUGUUGCUUGGAGAAGAUGGAUUGUAUGAGUGUUUAGUAAGUACUUUGACUGAGUCUGUUCAUGUGCAUAUUAUAUAUAUUAAAAAAAUGUGUCUGCUGUGAUUUUGUAUAAUGGCUUAUUAUGUAGUUGUUAGAACAAGGCAACAGAGAAAUAAGACUUCCAGAUGUACUUCUUAUGCUCGUUACAAACAUUUGGUUCCUCUCUCUCCACCUUUGGACAUGCCGAAUGUUGCUUGCAUGUUAUCUGUGUUCCCCCUUGCUUCCUGCUCGCUCUCUGUCCCUACCCACCUCCUGCCCCUGCCCUGGCCUCCAGCUCCCGUAGGGAGUCUGGUGUCUAUUCUGUUCUUCUCUCCUGCUGCCUUCUCCAUCCUCUUCACAUACUUUCUAAACUUCAGUAAUACAGGUGUAAAUCAGGCAGAGUUUUAGUUCCUCCUUAAUUUCUGUAGCACAUAUAAGUUCAAAAGAUUUAAAAAGAAAUUUAAUAAAGGUCUUUGUCCAGUGUUUGUUUCCAGAUACUGUAAAUGAUUGGUGAAGACCUUAGAUUAUUUCUACAAGGAAACUCUCUUAGUAUAAACUUUGCCAAAUUCUACAUGACUGAAAAAAAUUAUGUGUUCCCUUGACCCAUAAUUCCAGGGGGGUAAUUUUAUUGAGGUUUGUACUCAGGUUUUGUAUUGUAGGAAGUUUCUGUCUACUAAGGAAGAGCCUUCUUCUGUCACAUACUGUUUACUGUCCAGAGGCAAAUUUCAAGUCUGGAAGGAUGAGGCCAUGUGCCAUUGGGAGGGUUCUCUCAGAAUCGGGUUGCCAGACCAGAAGGCAGUAUGAUCAGAUGAGCCAGAAUGUGCAGUGGGGUGUUUUUAGUGAUUUUCAUCAAUUGCAGGAAGACAGGGGACUGCCUGGCAGUUCAGAAGGCCUGCUGGGCAGAUGCACUGAACCAGUAAGAACAUAUUGAAGCAAUGCUGUGUUUUGUGCCUGUGGUAUCCAUGGACAAGUGUUGGGUUGUGUCAAGACCAUCUUUGCUUUUGUGUGACACGUUGGCCUUGUGCUGCCAAAGGUUACAGGGUGGCAUUGGGUGCCUGUUUGUCCCAGCAUAAUGUUCAGCGUGGUGUGCUUCCUCCUCGGCUUGGCUUUCUGGUUGGAUUUUGAUCCAAAAGAAGUAACUCCUGCCACCAGGGGGUGCUGAAAGUUUCAGGCCGGAGGUUUUCCUGUGGUCUCCGUAGCUGCCACCUGGUGCUGCCCUGAGGAAAGCAGCGUUGGGAGGGCGGGUGCUGCCCUGAGGAGAAGUGGUGGGAAGGCUGCUACCCCUUGCCUACGGGGUGUCAGGGCGAGGCUCACCGCAAGGCCUGCUGUGCUUCCCUGCACUGGCCGCAAUGGAGACCUUAUCCCAGGACUCUCUGCUGGAGUGCCAGAUUUGCUUCAACUACUACAGUCCCCGCCGGCGACCCAAGCUGCUGGACUGCAAGCACACCUGCUGCUCCGUGUGCCUGCAGCAGAUGAGGACCAGCCAGAAGGACCUGCGCUGCCCCUGGUGCCGUGGGAUCACCAAGCUGCCUCCGGGGUACUCUGUGUCACAGCUGCCCGAUGACCCCGAGGUGAUCGCCGUCAUCGCGAUCCCCCACACCUCGGAGCACACCCCUGUCUUCAUCAAACUCCCCAGCAAUGGGUGCUACAUGCUGCCCUUGCCUCUCUCCAAGGAGCGGGCGCUGCUGCCGGGAGACAUUGGCUGCCGUCUCCUGCCCGGCAGCCAGCAGAAGUCCCUGACGGUGGUGACGAUCCCCACGGAGCAGCAGCCGCUGCAGGGCGGCCUUCCCGCCGAGGCGGGAGCGGAGGAGCCGGACCGGAGAGGUGCUGUGAAAAGCUCCACCUGGUCAGGGGUGUGCACUGUGAUCCUGGUGGCCUGCGUCCUGGUCUUCCUCCUGGGCAUCGUCCUCCACAACAUGUCGUGCAUUUCCAAGCGCUUCACGGUGAUCUCCUGCGGCUGAGGCGGCGGGGGCUGUGCUCCUCUGGGGGUUGGGUCGGGUCGGUGGUGGUGGUAUUGAGCAAGACAAUUCCGUGCAGCUUUCCCCAGUGACUGCAGGACGCUGUGCACCCGGGCAGUGGUGCCCGCCUGGCUGCGGCCCCUGGAGGGGUGGCAUCAGGCCUGUCGGCAGCCUGUGGAGAAAAUCACAUCCCAUGUCUGGCGGCAGUGGCACUGAGGAGGACUGCAUGUGUCACCUCAACCAUUUAUCAAAGGAACUGCAACUUCACAGUGAUCUUUUUUUAUUGUGUUACGAGAUUAAAGACCUCCAUGUAGCUGGUUAUACUGUGAAGUAUACAGUACGGGCUCUUCUUUAAACACAGUGUAUUAAAAUCAAAACUGCUCCACGUAGAAUUAAAUGAGAACUGGCGCACAACUGUACGAGCUGUUCAAUACCAGUCCACACAUGCAUUAUUUUUUAAUGAGGGGAGGGAGGGAGACUCAUAAAAUGGAGAAAUCAUGUAGCUGAUAAAGUAUUUUAUAUGUUUUAAAUGGCGCAUUGAUUAAACCAAGUUAGGGAGUUGUACAAUAGUUUUUAAAAAGUAGCAUUUUACAAGCAAUUAUUUCCUUCUAUGGUGUCUGGUUUUUGCCUCUGUUUGUCCCCAUUUCUUUCAACUACAGAAAAGUGGUUCCAGCAUCUUUUAUUUGAGGGAGCUUUCAAGAAGGGAUUCAAAGUGGACUAGAAAGAAUACCUAAAAAGUGCAGUCAAAACAGUUCUGCCUAACUGGCUUUAUGGGAAGGGUGGCUUUGCAUGGUAAACAUUGGACAUGCUGUUUUAACCGCCAGUCUGGCUGCAGACUUCCUGAUGACCUGGCCUUCAUAGCCAUUAGUGAAGAAAUGGGUCAUGAGAAGUCCUGGGACUCCUGCGAGGAUGUGAUAACAUAUUGCUCUUAAUUUUCUUUUUCUGCAGGUUAGGUUUACUCAAUUGGUUUUGAAGAAUUAGACCUAUUUUGCCUCCCUCUUUCCUAGGAGUUGUAACUGUGCACUAAUGGGUGGUGUGACAGGGGUGUUGCUCUAAGAAAGCUUCACCAUCGGAACUGAGACCAAGGACUGUUGUAUGCAGUCAUCUAGUAAGAGGCAGUGAUGGAUCUUGGAGAAGAAUCCAGGCCAGCCUAACCUCUUACUCGGUAGGUCAUCCCUCCUGAACUGCUGUGACUGUCCUGGUGUCAGAAUGUCUGGGUGAGCUUAACAGAGCCUCUUCCCAUGUUUCAGUGUAACUAGUGUUGAUGAUUUCAUAAGGACAGAUUUGAAAAACACAAUUAAGUAUCUCUCCUCCCUUUCAUGACAGUCACCUGUGACUGUCAUGAAACCCCAGUCAAUUGCAGUUCAUUUCUUGGGAAGAGCCAAAUUCCUGAAUGUUCACUGCAGUAGCACCUUGCUCUAAGCAGUCCCACUAGCUUCAGUAGUACUGUUCAUAAGUAAAAUAGAGCCCAGUGUGAAUUUGGGUAUUUGGCAAGUCUGAUUGCUGAAACUUACAUGAGAUUUAGGGAUUGGAUCAAGGGGCACGUGGCAGACCUUUAAUAAGACAGAAAAAUCUGUUGAUUUGCACUGCUUCUUUUUGUGAGUACAAGGCAUAACCUCCCUGAACUGUGUCCUCUUGUUGUCUACCUACUGUUCUUUCUAAUUCUUGCUGAAUGCCAAUGCUGAAUGCCAUAUUAUAACAUAGUUUCGACUAUGCAGUGCCCAAGUGGGCUCCAUAGUCAUCCUUGGUUUUCUAGUUUUGUCACAAAAUCCAGUUGCUGGUUCACAAUAAACAUUGUCAGCUCACACUUCUGUCAGGAAAAUACCUCCGACUUCAUGCUGGAUUUCUUUCCCACCCUGUUUCUAAACCACCAUUUUCUUCCUUGAUUUCCAUUAGCAGAAGAAUAGAAUAUAUAGUGCUUAGUUGUGAUGAUGUGUGUUUGCUCAUGUAGGGAGAGGAACCAUUGUGCUGAUUUUUAUCUACUGUCAUGUGUAUGCAUAGCACAGGGAAAAAAUAGUCUUCAGAUAAAACACUCAAUGCCUUUUUUGUGCAAGGCCCAUGUGCAGUAUGCCUUGAAACUGGCUUGCAAGUAUUGUAAUUACAUGGACACCUCUCCGCAGCAUGUUUCGUGUGGUUGCAGUAGGGAACACCAGGUAUUCCCAAAUGUGUCUUGUGAAUGUGCUCGUCUCUUGUUGCCAGUAGCUAGCCAGGUUUCUACUGACAUCCAAGCUAUGCUGCUUAUUGUGUAAAGGAAAGCCAGUUCACAAAAAAUCCUGCCUUUUACAAGACUCUUGAGGAACUGACCAGACACAGGACUUGACCCUCUACUGCCUUAUCCUGUAGCAAUUGUUGGGUGUACCAGAAGCUUAUGGCAUAGGUGAAAGAUGCUCCAAGAACAGUUCUGGUGCAUUUUGCACCAACUUCUGCAUUUGUUAAUCUGAGUUAUCAGUGAAUGCACAAAACCGCGAGGCAGUCAAGGAGCAGGUCCUGGUGACACAGUGGUGGUAACGUUACCUCCUUCCAGCCAUACCUGCCCGACUGAAGCUCUUGAGGCCGAGGAUUCUCUGACAUUGCAAAGAAAGGCCCUCUUCAUCUCCAUAUGGAGAGUGCAGAAUAAAAGAGGAAUCAGAAAUUAGGUUAAAAUACCACACUGCAUAACACAUUAUACAACAGGCAGACCUAGAGUUUAUCCGGAAUUAAUGACGUUAAGUGUUACAUUAGCAGAAUACCAUCCUGUACUACGUAACACAGUACAUUGUUUCGUUAAUAUGAAUUUCCUGUACUUUUGUGCCUGCUGAAAUGCAUGUUUGACCUAAUUUCUGAUCCAGACAUUUGCCUGCUCACAGCCUUGUGUAAGAGCAAUAAGUAAAACCUCAAGAUUUUUUGCCUGCGUGUAUGCGCAUGGUGUGUAUGUUAAUUCCUUUUUAUAAGUAGGAGUUCUGGAAAAGUUUUUGUUCUGGCUUUAGACUGUGACUAAAAUUUUAAAUUUGCAGCUGUCAUAUGUGUUAGAUCACCUAGCUUUUUUGCUGACUUGUGUAGAAAUGAACUAAAUAGUUUGUUGUAAUGUACAGUGUUAAAAUGUUUCUCAAGUAUGUCAAUAGUCAUACUACUUUAAAAAUGCAGUGCAGUCUGUCCCAUUCCUUGGUUCAAUACCUGGCAUUUAAAAGUGAUAUUGCUAAUAUUUUUUUUUAUUAUUAUUUUGAAAAAACAGCCUUGUCUUUGUAAUCUUUCCUUUGUGGAGAAACACAUUUGGACUUGUGCCAAAAUCAUCAGGUUCCAGGUUAGCUUUUGUUCUCUGGUGUCGAGUAAGAAGUCACUGCCCAGUUCCACCAAAAAGACAGAAGCUUACUGUGACCCAGUACUGUUUGAGAAACCAAAACUUAUGCUAAAAUGUGUGGGUAAUUAUCCAAGCACCUGCAUUUUUAGAGCACAUUAAUCUGUAUGAAUGUGUAUUUAUUUGCUUGUUUAAUAGGAAAGGUGUGUGUGUUGGGGUCCAAUUUCAGGUUUUUUUCUGGAUGGUCCCAACUUCCAUUGUUGGCUUGUGCUUUGCUGGCAAACAGACUUUAGGGUUCACUCUGUGAAAUUUUGUUUAGUGAAUUUUAAAAAUUCAAAAUAUGCAAUUUUGGUAUGCAGGAUUUUUUUAGGAAAUUUUGUGUUCAGUGAUUGUUCAUGCUUAACCACGAUGUAAAGGAGCCUGUAUGUUUUGUAAACAUGGAGCAGUCAUGAGUCCAAAGUUUCAUCUUUACUAAUGAAGCUCAUUCUGAAUAAAACGUUAGCAGGAAAAGAA